AUGGCACCAAAGGUGGUUCGCUGGGCUACAGGAGGCAUCGCCGAGACAUUUUCGAGAGAUCUUUUGGUCGAUCCUGCGACACGCGAUGUUCAUGAAGUCAAACAUACCAUCGUUGCCGCCGCAAGUUCCUCUGGCAUCUCGCGUGCGCAAGAGUUUCUGAAGACAAUCAAUGCGCCCUUGUCAGCCAAAGGAUAUGGCUCUUACGAAGAAUUCGUGAAAGACGCCGACAUUGAUAUCGUCUAUGUCGCCACGCCACAUUCUCACCACUAUCAGCAUGUCAUGCUCUUCUGGACUCGAUACUUCCCGUUGUCAGUCUAUGUCCGAGACGCAAUCACCUCCGGCAAACUUGGGACGGUCAUCAGAGUCUUCGCGGACAAUUCCACCGGCGUUGACCCCGAAAAGAAGUUCGGCAAGGAGCAUCGCAUGGUCAAUCCGGAGCUGGCAGGCGGCGUUCUGCUCGACAUGGGUAUCUACAGCUUGACCUGGGUCUUUCAAACACUGUACACCACCCAACCGCCAGGCACGCGCAAGCCUCCACAAGUGCUUUCCAGUAUCCGGAAAUAUCCAUCAACCGGCGUAGAUGAGUUGACAACUAUCCUGCUUACCUUUCCCCGCGACGAAAAGUCUGGAGGUGAUAUGCAUGCCGUUGCAACGGCUGGCUUCCGAACAGCAAACAAUAUUGACGGCCAAGGUACCUGCAGCCCAGCCAUACGCAUUCAAGGCACGAACGGCGAGGUGCAGGUGUGGCCACCCAUCUUCCGGCCGACUCGUACGAAACUGAGUCUUGCCGACGGAACCACCGAGGACAAGGCAUGGCCUCAGCCUGGUCCAGGCAAAGGCAGUGGUUGGUACAAUGGGUUCUUAGCCAACAAGAAUGCUGAGGGUGAAGGACAUGGCAUGUUUUGGGAGGCAGAUGAAGCUGGGAUGGCACUGGUUGAAGGUCGAAAGGAAGGUAAAUACGAAGGUCUAGACGAAUCGGUGCUCAUCAUGGAAGUCAUGGACGAAGUUAGAAGACAGAAUGGCCUGAAAUACCCUGACAAGAUCGAGGCUACAGAGAGGAUCGAACUCUAA